AUGGGCUCCUUCUCUCCUGAACCUCCCAAACCCUGGGUCGAGACGCCCCUCAUCUUCUCCCCGCCCAUAUCCCGCGCGGCAGGAUGCAACAUCUACCUCAAGCUCGAAAACACCCAGCCCUCAGGCUCCUUCAAGUCACGCGGCGUAGGCAACAUGAUGCUCCGCGCCAUUUCCACCUCGGAUCAGCCCGAGGGAAGUAAAUUCCACUUCUACUGCUCCUCGGGAGGCAACGCCGGCCUGGCCUGCGCGACCACGGCCAUCAUCUCGCUGCGCCAGCCCGCCACCAUCGUGGUGCCGACCUCCACGUCGGCCUUCAUGAUCGCCAAGCUGCGCGAGCUUGGCGCCGAUGUCGUCCAGAUGGGCGCCAGCUGGGCCGAGGCCGACGCGUUCCUCCGCGAGACGCUGCUGCUGCCCGAGGAGGGUCUGACCAAAGUCUACGUCCCGCCGUUUGACCACCCGGACGUCUGGGCCGGCGUGUCGACGAUGGUGGAUGAGAUUGCGCUGGAUAUGGGGGUCGGGAUGGGGGGCAGGUUUGAGGGGGUCGGCGGGUUGGAUGGGAUUGUGUGCAACGUUGGGGGCGGGGGGUUGUUGAAUGGGGUCAUGGAGGGUUUAGCGAGGAAUGCGAAGCGGCUUGGCGGCCGAGAUGGGACCAAGGUGUUGGCUGUUGAGACGGUGGGGGCCGAGAGCCUGUAUGCGAGCGUGCUGGCCGGGGAGCUGGUUACGCUGCCGGCGAUCACGUCGAUUGCGACGAGCCUGGGGGCCCGGAGGGUGUCGCAAAAGACGUGGGAAUGGGCCCAGACGGCUGGGGCGGAUAAAUUGAUCAGUGCGACGGUGACGGACCAAGAGGCUGCGAUGGCCUGUGUGAGGUUCUUGGAUGAUGCGCGGAUAUUGAUUGAGGUUGCAUGCGGUGCGACUGUCGCAACGGCAUACAACGGGGAUUUGAGGCGGUAUCUGGGGAAGGGCCUGACCGACGAGGAGUGGGCAAGGAGGAAUGUUGUGCUGGUGGUAUGUGGAGGGUCGAAUAUCAGCUGGGAAAUCCUUGAGAAGUACAAGGAGACGUACGGGCGGGAGUAA